CAAACAUAAUUCCCAUACAAUUUCAAAUCAUUUAAAAUUAUGAUUUUCCAAUAACACCAUAAAAACUAUGUUAGGUGGCUCCAGAAAGUUUUUCUGUGUCAAAAAUAUGGCUCUUUAGGUUGCUGACCUCUGGAUGACCUACAACAGCAGGCAAUUAAAGUAAAUGUGACCCAGCUGCACUCUGAUUGGCUAAUUGCUAAUGACUCUUCAUGUGUUGGCGGAAGUUCGCACUUCUUAAAAGAAGAUAGCAACUGGUGGAGAUGAACAAUAUGGAUUAUCUUUUACGGCCCAAACGUUAAAGUCUGCUUUUUGAAGAAAAACUGGACAUUAAACUCCUCUAUAUCCACCAGCCACGGAAUAUUAUCAUAAACCAAACAGCUGCUAAAAAUAACAUAAUUUACCAAGUGGCUAACCGCUAGCAUGUUAGAGGCUAACUGCUAGCAUACCAGAGGCUAACUGCUCGCGCUGCUCGCUUGUCAGAGAAGACGCUUCUCUGCUUCCGGUUGGAGAUGGUACCUGGUCAAGAGCAGUGUUCCAGGAUGUCCAGCAUCUUUCUGAGCGGCCUACCAAACAUGAAAACAGCAGUUCAGUGCGGUGUAUUUGGGUUUGCUGUGUCAUCGCCUGCAAAUGGAGGAAACGAACAGUUAAACAGCUAAUUGAGAAGAACAGAUUUUGCAGCAGAGUGGAUACACUAGACCUUCGCUGCUUUUUGGUACAGACAGCUGUGGACGUGAUCCAGCAGCACAGAGAAGGAGAGGCUUUCCACCGUAAGGCUCCAAGAUAAUAUUAUCGUCUCUCUUCUGCUUGGAAGUGCUGUGGAGCCAGAGCACCAGCGGAGGCCGACGCUAAUGACCCCAUCCGAGGAGCGAACACCUGUGGGAAUGGCCGACCUCAAAAGAGCUGCAGAGGAUCAUGGGAUGGGACCCGCGGUGCCUCAAAGAGACUCAAGGAACCAUGGCAUUAACUCACAGCACAGCCAAUUAGCGGAGUGAGCCACUGGGUUUUGCCUUCCGCACACCAGACUUUCUUUCUCAUCAUGUGGGGAACAACUAGGAUCCACUGAACCAGGAGGGAGCAGUUGCAGAAAACGGACGCACAGGAAGCAACACAACUCAUCUUCUCUUGAAUUUUCCAUCAUUUGGAUACGGAAUAACUCUUCUUCCACUGCGCUGUACGCAACUGUUUUCACAGGAAAACAGUGAAAGUACAAACGUAUCAAAUAGAGAACAUCCAUUCUUUCCUUUGACUGUGACCCUUGACCUUUAGCUGUCAGCAUGAGCGGUCUGGCAGGGAAGCUAGACCCUCGGAGGAUACAAUGGGGCUCGGCGUGGAACACCUUUACAUCCCGCGUCCUGAGGACCAAACCCGUGGAGUCCAUGUUGGAUUCAGCCAUGUCGGGCACUGGCGCACAUGGGACCAGACUGGCCCGGGUGUUAUCUACGGUGGACCUGGUGUCGCUCGGCGUGGGCAGCUGCGUCGGGACAGGGAUGUAUGUGGUCUCGGGGCUGGUUGCCAAGGAGAUGGCCGGUCCUGGGGUCAUUGUGUCCUUUAUUAUCGCCGCAGUGGCCUCCAUACUGUCAGGAGUGUGCUAUGCAGAGUUCGGCGUGCGGGUGCCUAAGACCACAGGUUCGGCCUACACCUACAGCUACGUAACCGUGGGCGAGUGCGUUGCGUUUUUCAUCGGCUGGAACCUGAUUCUGGAGUAUCUGAUCGGCACAGCGGCGGGAGCGUCCGCGCUCAGCAGCAUGGCAGACUCGCUGGCCAAUCACAGCAUCAGCAACUUCAUGAUUUCACACAUCGGGACGCUCAAUGGCUUGGGUAAAGGGGAGCAGUCGUACCCGGACCUGCUGGCGCUGCUGAUUGCUCUGCUGGUGACGGUGAUAGUUGCUUUGGGAGUGAAGAACUCGGUGGGCUUCAACAACGUGCUGAACGUCAUCAACCUCAUCGUGUGGGUGUUCAUGAUGAUCGCCGGGCUGUUCUUCGUCAAUGGAGAGAACUGGGACGAGGGGAGAUUCCUGCCCUUCGGCUGGUCGGGGGUGAUGCAGGGUGCAGCCACCUGUUUCUAUGCCUUCAUUGGAUUUGACAUCAUCGCUACAACAGGAGAGGAGGCCAAGAGUCCCAACACCUCCAUCCCCUACGCCAUCACUGCCUCACUCAUCACCUGCCUCACUGCCUACGUCUCUGUUUCUGUGAUCCUGACUCUGAUGGUGCCGUACACUGAGAUCGACGCAGACGCUCCCCUCAUGGAGAUGUUCGCCAUACAUGGCUGUAUGUUCGCAAAGUACAUCGUGGCGGUGGGCUCCAUAGCUGGACUCACUGUGUCGCUCCUGGGGUCCCUGUUCCCCAUGCCCAGGGUCAUCUACGCCAUGGCAGGGGAUGGCCUGCUGUUUAAGUUCCUGGCCAAUGUGUCUUCCUACACAGAGACCCCCGCUGUUGCCUGUGUGGUGUCGGGCUUCCUGGCUGCCCUGCUGUCCCUCCUGGUCAGCCUCAGAGACCUCAUCGAGAUGAUGUCUAUAGGGACCCUGCUGGCUUACACUCUGGUGAGCCUGUGUGUUCUCCUGCUGCGUUACCAACCUGAGGGCGACAUCCACGGCUUCGUCAACUUCCUCUCUGAGGAGCAGAACAACAAGAGAAAGGAAGGAGUCCUGGCCGAGUGCGAGAAAGACGCUUGCUCACCAACCAGCGAAGCAGACGAGUACGGAGGUCCGGCCACGAACACCUGCGGAGCCAAAAACCUGCCGUCGCUGGGUGACAACGAGAUGCUGAUAGGCAAACCAGAUAAAAACGCCUACACUGCCAGCCACCCAAACUACGGCACAGUGGAUAUGACCACUGGCAUCGAAGCAGAGGAGACGGAGGGCGGGAUGUCCCGGCGGUUGAAGAAGCUCAUCGGACCACGCUACUACACCUUGAGGAUCCGCUUGGGCCUCCCAGGGAAGAUGGACAGGCCAACUGCAGCCACGGGGAAAACUGUUACAGUGUGUGUGCUGCUCCUCUUCAUUUUCAUCUUCGCUUUCUGCUCCUUCAUCAUAUUUGGAGCGAGCAGUAUCGGCGAGGGGCGCUGGUGGGCUUUGCUGCUCUUAAUCUUCUUCAUCAUCUUCCUCUCCCUGCUCAUCAUCAUCAUCCUCCAGCAGCCAGAGAACCCCAAGCGACUGCCCUACAUGGCGCCCUGUGUGCCCUUCGUACCUGCUUCAGCCAUGCUGGUCAACAUCUACCUCAUGCUCAAACUGUCCGCCAUCACCUGGAUACGGUUUUCAAUCUGGUGCCUCGUGGGUGUGCUCAUCUACUUUGGCUACGGCAUGUGGAACAGCACGCUGGAGAUCACGGCCAGAGAGAACGAGGUACACGCUUCCACCUACCAGCGCUACGAUCAAGGCGUGGACGAAGGCUUCUGUGGCUUCGACGACGAUUUCUACCCACCUACCACUGACACCUGGGGAGCGCCAGAGGGGGGAUCGGGGCUCACCCCGCCCCCCGAGGCAAAACCCGACAGUGACGGGGCGCCAACAAAAGGCGGAGGCAGGACCAUUGCCAAUCACGGCCUCGCCGAGGAGGAUCCGAUGGAUUUCUGAAGGGACUGACUCUGUGUUACCCUGAAUGUACUGCCUUGUCUGCUGCCUGGGGAAAGGGAGGGGGAACAGUGGUGUGAGUGCAUGAGUGAUUGUUUGUGUGUGCGCGUGUGUGUGUGUGCAUGCCUGCAUGUGUGUGUGUGUAUUUGUUUGUGCGUCUAACCCUUGGGCUAGAUAGUUUUUUGGCAGUGGAAUGGCUUUUUAUUCACCACGCUCGGCUCCCCAGCUCACACAGCAAAUGAGGACGUCAAGGUCAAGUGUCACAGUCACUUGUUAUUCGCUUACUGGAGUUCCACAUCCCACACAAACACAGAUAGAAAAGUGCAGACGUAGCAGAAGAUGAAAUAUAAUGUGGCUCACUGCACUGUGAGCCAUGAGACAUUGUUUCUGGAGCGAUCCUUUAACUGUACGUGUAGGAAUUUACGGGAUAUAGGAGGAGAAGGUGAUGAGCACAGACAGGGACGGAUGAAUCAGCACCUCUCUUCCUGUUUCAGCACAGGAAAUUUAGAUGACAGCAUGCCAAACCCAAGCUAUUUCCUAUCUACAGGUGUGACUUUCUCUGCUCGUUUUCUUUUCGUGCUCUCGAAAAACCCAGAAACGUCCCUAAAAAUAAAAAAAAACUGCUCUCUAUCUGUCUUUAGAUCUUUCCCUGACUCGUACCAUCUAGCCCAAGGGAUGAGGACCGGAUCAGGAAGAGGGUGUUGAUGUUUUCUGUCACAAAUAGUACUUGGACUUUGCUUGCAAUAGUGCCUUCAUCUACUGUACGUGUAUGUGAGUUUCUGAUUAUGUCCGUUUUCUACUUUAAUUUUGCCUGUGUACGUGCGAGGGUGUAUGCACAAUCAAACUCCACCUUUUACAUCGAUUCUCACGUCUGUGUGUGUGUGUGUGUGUGUAGAUAUAAAGUGUGUCCUUCAGGUUGUUUUACUGUGUAUGUGUAGAUAUUUGUUUUCCUUCUUCCCACUCUUUGCCCCAGCAUGAAGCUCAAAAUCAAUCCACUCGCAACAAAGCAGCUCAUGGUGCAAUGUAACACACACUCGUCAGCCUGUCGGUGUACCUAAGGAGAGGAGAGAGCUGUGUAGAGGAGGAGGGAGAGGAGAACAGGUUGAAUCCUAAUUGACAACCUGCAUGGUUUAUUGUGAUGAAUGUCAUAUUUUCUGUGUGCUCGUCUCUCCGUUGAUGCAGUCGUUGCUGUUUACCGGGACGGGGAAGGAAUUAAUUUUCAGUUCAUUCAAUUCAGAAAAUGGAUUUUCUGCAUGGUUUGUAUCUUUGCUCCCAGAGUAGGAAACAAAAUAGGGACUGUACGCACAUUAUUAUUGUGGGAGAGGGGUCAGAAAAGGGGAGGAUUGAUUUUCUUUUCGCUGUUGGGAGGGCAGGUUGGGUGAGGCUCAUUUAAUUUAUUUCACUUCUCCCAGGUUUUUAUUUUUCUGUAUGCGACAUUCAGAGCAGCAAACCCAGAUGUAGCAGAGUAAUGCUAUCCUGAGCACAUUACCUCUGUUUGGCUACGUGUGCAUUUCUGUAUCCUAUUAGCUAGCUCACUGCUGCUGCUCUGCGCUGCACCCAUAUGGCGGUUACUGCUGAUAUCUGGAUGGUGUCAUUGUGGAAGUGUAGCGCACACCCUCCGUUUCCCCCGGGUUAUGGCCAGUAGCCCUGUCAGCACUGUUGCUGUUGUUUAGUUUAUGGAGUUAGCACCGUUAGCUGCUAGCCGUCGGUUUAGCUACCUCCAUGUUGAGAACCGUCUCCAGACAACUCGUAUGCUCCAAGUUUAUAAUAUUUCCUUAGCAGAUUAAAGUCUGGCUCAAACUAAAGGUGUUUUGGGCCUGUUUAUCCCAGAUUCAUUCCUCCUGACAGUCAGAGGAAAAAUUUGAGACCUCAGUCGGUGCUGUUCAGCCCUGCUAGUGUGAGGGGUUCAGAUCCAGUCUUAAACCUCCCAAUCUGCUCCCAAACCCAUCGGGGCCGCCCAGAUAAUUUUCAAACGUUUAAUAUUUAGGAGUUAAAUUCUGGGUGAUUACAGUUAUGAUUGCGUAGUAUUAGGUAUUGCCAAGCAUCGAUAACAUUUUAGCCCUAGGGGCUAACAUUGCUAGCAACUACGACAGAUAUUAAAGUAGUUAGAAUCUCACCUCCAGCUCUCACUGAAGAAACGGCGACCUGUGUUUACCGUGUCUCUCCAACUAUUUUCUCAUCCAGACUCGUUUAGCCUUUUACUUUUCUUUUGUCUGUUCUUUUUUUCCUUACCGCAAAGUUGUCGUACCACGUUAGCUUAGCUUCCUCUUUGAGAUCACAUGAGGUGGUGCAUUACUCCUACUCUGCCGUGUUAAUCUUAAUAUUGUCUUGUAGCGUGUGAUGUGCCAUUAUUUUUAAAUCUUGUAGUGUGUGCGCUUUUGACAUUAGCGACGCUAAUUUUGCGACGCUUUACUACUGUGAGUGAAUGCUAGAAUAUUUUGUUUACUUGCUUCGUACAUGUGAAUAACUUGCGUCAUGCGCGUGUGUAAUCACUGAAUUGAUCAAUUAACUUCCGCCGGUACGUCCUUGGCAUCAAACGUCUCGCAGGACGGAGGAUCUCAAUGCUGAUUGGCUAUUUUUGCGCGAAUUAGUCACUUAAGUUCGGAUUUUUCAGCUCUCACGGAUAAGUGUAUGACGCGAAAUCACACUACUUGCUUAAUUUGUGUUAUUCGCGCCACAUCUUUUGCGUCCAGCUCGCCACCCAGCGGGAAUUCACAUCUAAUUGCGUCUUUACAUUGACUUUACGUUUAAUUCUGGCACACAUAUUGUUUUAUCUGCACCCAGUGUGAACACAUCAGCCAAAGCCCAGUUUAAGUUAUUAAGUAGUUUUUAAUGAUGAAUUCAGUUGUACUAAUACUGAUGAAUUAUUUUCAGUUGCUGGGGCAGGGUAUUUCAGUUUAUGUCUAAGUCAAGGGGAUGGUUCACCCUCCUCCCUUACAAUAGUAAUAUUUGUACAGUCCCUAACUGUAAACAAGUUUUAAUUUGACAUUGAGUGAACUGAAAUAUAAUCCCUCCUCUUCCAUCUUUCUCUCCUUUCUCCUCCCCUCCUCUGCUGUUUUUAUCCUCUACUUCCACCAUUCCUCUGCACUUCCAGCCCAACUCUUCCUUCAUCUAUUCCCCUCCUCACCCUGCACUUGAUAUUCAUCCGGCCAUGUCAGCGGGGAGUUGCCACUCUUAGGUCACAAGUGAUAGAGCAGGGAUUGGUUUCCAGUCAGGAUUUGAAACGGCAAUCUGUUCAUAGCCUGACGCUACAUUAGCUCCGGUUUCACCUCAGGGUGUCUGCUAUCUCUCUUCUGAUUUGACACCGGAGCGUUUACUCCUCUCCCCGGCUCCCAGUGGUUCUGUUCCAACCCAGGCCCGAACCAGUCUGAGUGAGCCUCCCUGCUGCCCCUUCCUUGUCAUGUAGCUAGUGUUGAAGUCCCACUCUUCACGUUUCCUACUGUUGCUGCACGCUGAAGAGAUAUUGUGAAAACCAAUCAAAUGAAACCAUGAUCCUGCAGAGCCCAGUGUGUAGGACAUGUAAGCUAAUGCUGCCAGAUUACAGAGGUUUGAUUCUACACUAAGAAUGUAUGCACUUAUGGCACUGUAAGGGAUUUUGGCAAACACCAAAUAGCAUACUGUUAUGUUAUUAUGUUGAGGGUGGGGGCACUUCUACAAUAGCUGCUGCUGUGUGCCCUGAUUGUCCUCCUUGUUGUCCCUCUUGCCCCCCUGUUGCUGCAUCUGUCCCUUCCAGGGAAGCCUUAUUUGUCUAAUGCACUAAAUCUAAGGAUGCCACGCUGAACCCCCACCCUACCUCUGCUCCGCCCACAUCUAUCCUCACUCUAAAAAGUUUCUGUCACAUAGUAAUAGGCCCUUUGGUGUCGUCCGGUGUAAUGAUUGUGAUACCCAAAAACAGCCCACUGACAGAGGAAUAACGCUCGUAUUAAACGAUUCUGCAGCUUGCCAGUACAGAGAGUAGUGUAGCCUUACUGUAGUGUAGUAGAACAUAGUGGUGAACUGGUGUGGGCCGUCCUGACUUUUAUACAGAAAUUGGAGUGCCCAUCAAAGACCAAUCAUGACUGUAGCUAAAAUUAAUUGAUUGAUAUAUUUUAUUUUUAACAUUUAAAUAAAAUAAAACAAAAACAGAUAAAAACAAAACAAAUAACAAACUAAAGGGACGGUAACCUACACAACAAACUCAAAAGAAAGAGGGAGGGAGGGAGUUUACCUUCUACAAGUGAAAGUUGCACAUGGUGUAUAUUUUACAAGCUGAUCCCAGGAUUCUUAAACUCACUAUAUUCUAAAUUCGACUACCUUUAGACCAACAAGAGAGAUGUAAUUUAUAAAUGCAGUAUUUCUCAUAGGGAAAUAAAAAUGUAAAUAAUAACUUAAAAGUGUAUAACGUCUUUUUUUUGGUGUCUCGUAAAAUUUCAGAAGGAAGUAGGCUUCAUUAUUUUCAAAAGUCCUAGCUUCAGCCCUGAGACCAACAAUUUUGUUGCCUUUUUGUUACUAUAAUUAGUUCCCUAGGUGGUGCGCCGGGCUUUGAAGCCAAUGUUCAUAGCGGCCAAAUAAUGUAAGUGCAUCUGUCACGUGGUAACAUUUGGCCAAGAUAGACUUUUUUUCCAAUAGAUUUACAAUGUCAGAGAGACGUUGGUAAAUCAGUAGAUGCAUUUUCUAGCGUCACAACCCCCGCAGAAUGAUUGGUUUCACUAUCGGGAUUAAAUCCUUCCAGUCCGAUAACAUUCAGAAAAUCUAGAGCAGUGGAUUUCAAUCGGGAUGCCUAUCCAGGUGUUCCAUGGGAUUUAUUUGGGAAUAUUAUUCAGUAUUCAGCUGGGCCUGUACAAAAAGUUAUGAAUGAAUUUUUAAUUAACUAUCAGCAUUUUCCAUUUCUUAACAAAGACGCAAACUCCAGCUAAAAAAAUUGACUUCAUUUAAUUUUAAAACCUUGUGUGCGACACAUCAAAAGCCCUGAUUGGCAGCCAGUGUGAAGGAUGAUAACAGUUAAAUGGAGAAAGCUGUGAGUGGGACAAUGGAUCGCGCAUCAGAGAAGACGACCUACCACUGAAAGAAAAGACAAAAGUAGUAGACAGUGUCACGAAAGCUACCUGUCUUAUUUUACUUAUUUUUAUCAUCUUAUGUCGUGGUAAGAGUAAUAACACAUGUUUUAGAAGCUAUUGUGCACAGAUCUACAUACAGGUGUGCACAGAAAGUUUGGAAACCACUGGUCUAGAAGAGCCACACAAUUUAACAAUUUUAACCCCAUUCAAGUUAGCAGAGCGCUUAGACGCAAUUAGCCCACUUGGCUAGCAUAAAUCUCUGGUGCGCCUGCUCAGUGGGCCACACAGUACAGAAGCAGUGCUCGUUAUUUGGAUGAUUUUAUAUUGAAAUUAACUUUUUUGACUUCAUGCCCCACUGAGCAACUUUCAUAGGAAUGAACAGGGCCCCGCCUCUAAUGCUGUAUCCAAGUCUCUUUAUAUAUCCAUGACCAGAACCUUGAUCUGUCCUUUACUAAGUCAUCUGCUUUAGUUGCCUAACCUUAUAAAUACUUCAGUCAACUUUUGUGACAGGAAUGUAGAAUAUGUUUGGCACAAGGAAUUACCAAUAUUUUUAGAAGAUAUUGAAGAUUCUCAGUCAUCCGGGUCAUGAUAUUUGUAAGUGCUAUUUCCAGGCAACUGGACUUGCUUCAAGAAACUCAAGCAAGUCGAGCUGCCUACGAUAUAGCACUGAUGUUGCCAUUGAGGUUUUGCAGAAUUGUCCAAUAUCAACGUUUUGUCUGUGAUAGGGUUGGAAAAAAACAGCACAUCCCAAAACACUUGCACACUGUUGUAUUUCUAAUAAGCCAAAAUCCCCUCUGUACCCACAUCACCUCCCGACUCAGCCAAAAGAGUCCAGCCGUUUUGCAUCCAGCCAAAACAAGACGGCGAAUUCAGGCGUUGCCAUGCCUCUGACACUGGACUGUACAGUCAACAUACUAUAUUAUCUGCUCUAUGUGUGUGUGUGUGUGUGCAUACGAGUGCGUGAAUGCAUGUACAGUAUGUGUGCGUGUGUUUGUGGUCUAUGCCUGCGCCUCAAUGUGACCGUCUGGUGAAUGUGUAGCAUGCUCUCAUGCACAAGGCCCAGACUGUAUAUGUUGUACUUUGCAUGUGGUGACUGAUCGCUACGAGACAUAAUAGAACACUAAACCAAACCAAACGCAGGCUUAGUUCUGAUACCUGGGUACGCUGCUGGCCUCUGUGCUCAGGGAGGAUUUAACUGGUGUAUUACAAUCGAAUCAGCUACAACAGCGUCAUUGUUCCGGAUCCUCACGCAGACUCCCGUCACUUCUGUUCAGAUUCAAACCAAGACCUUUCGUAUACUUAAUAAAAUAUUAUGUUAAAUGCCAAAUGAAUUCUCUGAGUUUAAAGAAGAUUAUUUGCUGUAUGUCUAAGCUCGUGCUGUAAUCUCCUCACCCAGGUAUGGGAACCAGGGCUCCGUUUGAAAAGGGAGUAGAACAUGUAGCAAACACAUGGGUGUGUCCCUCAACCACUGACAGUAUGCCUACUUCCUGUAUAUCCCUUUUCUCUACCACAACCUCUGCAAGCCAAAGUCCGCAAUGUUUGUUUACUUUUCACAUACAGGAGACCGUAGUUUCUUCGAAGUGAACACUUAAGAUACAACAGAGCUAAUCGUUUCUCUGGGGGGAGUCUGCUAAUAAGCUAACAAGGAGAUUUUUUUGUUCCUCACGGUGACUUUAGUCAACAGUGCAAUGCUCAUUUUUUUUUAAGAAAU